CGACGUGGAAACUUUUUCUUGCCUCCGUUUCCCCAAGUCCUGAAGAGCCGGAAUGGAGCUGGAGAAAACCUACGCGACACCCCGAGCCAGCCGCACAGGACAUGGAGGCGUGAAUCAGCUGGGGGGUGUUUUUGUGAACGGCCGCCCUCUCCCAGAUGUCGUUCGCCAAAGGAUCGUGGAGCUCGCCCACCAAGGGGUCCGGCCGUGUGACAUCUCCCGGCAGCUCCGCGUCAGCCACGGCUGUGUCAGCAAAAUACUUGGCAGGUAUUACGAAACCGGGAGUAUUAAGCCUGGAGUGAUUGGAGGAUCAAAACCAAAGGUCGCCACACCCAAAGUCGUUGAAAAAAUUGCAGAGUACAAACGCCAAAAUCCCACCAUGUUUGCCUGGGAGAUCAGGGACAGGCUCCUUGCUGAGCGAGUGUGUGACAACGACACUGUGCCCAGUGUCAGUUCCAUUAACAGGAUCAUACGGACCAAGGUGCAGCAGCCACCCAAUCAGCAGGUCCCGGCUUCCAGUCACAGCAUAGCCUCCACAGGAUCAGUCACCCAGGUGUCCUCUGUCACCACUGACUCUGCUGGCUCGUCCUACUCCAUUAGUGGGAUCCUGGGAAUUGCCUCUCCUGGCACCGAGAGCAACAAGCGCAAGCGGGACGAAGGUAUUCAGGAAUCUCCAGUACCAAAUGGCCAUUCUCUACCGAGCAGAGAUUUUCUUCGGAAACAGAUGCGAGGAGACCUUUUCACCCAGCAGCAGCUGGAAGUGUUGGAUCGUGUCUUUGAGAGACAACAUUAUUCUGACAUUUUCACAACAACUGAGCCCAUCAAACCAGAGCAGUGGUGCUCCAUGCUGAUGAGACAGUGCGUGGUACAACCGCAGGCAGUCAUUUUUCAGGCAACUGAAUACUCAGCCAUGGCCUCACUAGCUGGUGGAUUGGAUGACAUGAAGGCAAAUAUAACCAGCCCUACUUCUGCAGAUUUGGGAGCAAGUGUUCCUGGGCCUCAGUCCUAUCCUAUUGUCACAGGUCGCGAGCUGGCAAGUACAACCCUCCCAGGAUAUCCUCCACACGUCCCUCCUGCUGGACAGGGCAGCUACUCCGCUCCAGCACUGACAGGAAUGGUGCCUGGGAGCGAGUUUUCUGGGAGCCCAUACAGCCACCCACAAUAUUCAACAUACAAUGACUCCUGGAGGUUUCCCAACCCUGGACUCCUGGGCUCCCCCUACUACUACAGUGCUACAGCCCGUGGAGCAGCCGCACCAGCUGCUGCGGCUGCCUAUGACCGCCACUGACACCGGAGCUCAGGGCAUCAGCACUGACAGCACCCACGUCUGGGACAACCGUGAUGAGUCAUCUUGCUGCCACCAUGUCAGCCACUCCAAAAGGGAAGGAGAAAGUACCUAGUAGGAACAUGAUAAUUGAAAUUUUGCUCUUUAA